AUGACCACAGCCCACAGGCCGACCUUUGACCCCGCCCGCGGCAAGGAGGCCCUCCGCGGCCCGGCCUACCACCAGCGCCUCCUGCCCGCCCACACCCAGCUCAAGUUCCGCCAGCGAGGCCAGGGCGGCGCCGCCGACGAAGACGACGACGCGCCGCGCGACCUCGCCGCCGAGCUCCUCGCCGCCGAGGCCGCUCACGCCGCCAAGAAGAACGGCACCCCUCUGCCUCCCCCCUCCGACGCGCCCCCCGCGACAGGCGGUGUCAAGCGGCCCCUCGACGGGCCAGGCGGCGGCGGCGGCGGCGACGUGGACGAGGCCGACGAGGAAGAUUUCGCCGCCAAGCGGAGGAGGAUACUGGAGGAGACGCGGGAUAUCGAUGCCGACUCGGAGGACGACGAGGAAGCGGACGACGACGACGAUGACGACAGUGACGACGACAGCGAUGACGAAGAGGCCGAGCUGCAGCGUGAGAUGGAGAAGAUCCGCAAGGAGAGGGCCGAGAAGAGGGAGCGCGAGGAGCGCGAGAGGGCGGCCGAGGAGCAGGCGGCGCGCGAGAAGGACAUAGCGCUGGGCAACCCGCUGCUGAACAAGCCCGAUUUCAACAUGAAGAGGCGCUGGGACGACGACGUCGUGUUCAAGAACCAGGCGCGCGGGACCGAGGACAAGGGGAAGAAGGAGUUUAUCAACGAUCUGCUGCGGUCCGACUUCCACAAGAGGUUCAUGAACAAAUAUGUCAGGUAG